AUGCUUUCUUAUUUUACCAUCACUACUUUUCUAGUUCUUAUUGCUCCUGUCCUGGUAAUCGCUAGUCCUCGGGAAAGCUACGCAGUAGAGUCGGUACAAAGUCUACAAGCUUGUCUUGCCAGCAAACAUGUUCCGACAAGCUUGAGUUCCUCCUCCGACUGGGCCUCGCUGAUUGAUCCAUAUAAUCUUCGUCUCCAGUACAUUCCCUCUGCUAUCACACUACCGAAUACGCCCCAGCAGGUCUCCGAAUCCGUCUUGUGUGCUGUCUUAGCAGGCGUGAAAGUGCAGGCGAGAUCUGGAGGACAUUCAUACGGUAGUUUCUCCCUCGGGGGACAAAACGGUAGUCUGGUAGUUGAUCUACGGAAUUUCAACCGCGUCUCUUUAGAUAAAUCGACUGGCAUUGUCACAGCAGGUGGAGGUGUUCGACUUGGUAAUCUAGGACUAGGAAUAUACAACCAGGGCCAGCGAGCGCUUCCUCACGGAACUUACCCUGGGGUUGGAAUUGGGGGCCAUUAUACUCACGGAGGGUUUGGAUACUCGUCUCGCCGUUGGGGCCUUGCACUUGACACUAUUGUAGCCAUGGACGUCAUUUUGGCAGAUGGUCGCUUUGUGCACGUCACGCCUGAUAGUUAUCCUGACUUGUACUACGCUCUGCGAGGAGCUGCAGACAGCGUAGGUAUCAUCACGACAUUCUAUCUCCAGACGCAGCCGGCACCAGCUCGAGUUGUCAGCUACUCGUCCAAUUUCUCAUCGGCUCUGAAGUCAGCGGACAUGGCAGCUGAUGUGAUACUCAAGCUUCAAACCUUCGUCACUACCUCUCCAUAUGUCAACCGGAAUCUCACUCUUGAGGUAUAUACCAACGUGUUCGGCGACUUCAUAGUUCGUGGAUGGUACUUCGGAAAUCUGGACUAUUUUUCGGAGACCGUGUUUCCAGCGAUGUUGGACGGAAUGCCGACCCCUGGCAAUACCACCAUCCAAGAGAGGGCCUGGCUGACGGCGUUGGAAGAUAUUGCUGAGGGUGAGCCACUUGCCGAGCCACUAAACGGCUACAACAACCAUCAAACAUUCUACACCAAGUCUGUAGUUACAAGGGAGGCUCAGCCACUAAGCAAGCAGGCCAUAACAAGUUACUUUCGAUUUAUCAUCGACAAGGGCUUGACAGCAACGUUUCCCUGGGAAACAUUUAUUUCGCUCUAUGGCGGCAAAGAUAGCCAGAUCAACACUCCUGCAGCCGCGUCCGCUGCAUACUCUCAUCGAGAUUCUCUCUGGGUCUUCCAAAAUGUCGGUUCCAGCGCGAAUCGCUUACCGCCAUUCUCCGCAGAGAUCACGAAUUUUGUCAAUGGGCUGAACACAGCGCUUACUGCCGCGCAGCCCGACGGCAACUUUCUCGCCUAUCCUAAUUACCUCGACCCAGCGUUAACACCCGUGGAGGCAGCAAAUCUCUAUUAUGGACGUGCCACUUACCACAAGCUUGUAACAAUCAAGAAUCAAGUUGACCCAGAGCAUGUUUUCUGGAAUCCACAAGCUAUUGGAAACGCUGUUCUAUAA